CUUUCUUCCAUAGAGGGGGGAGGGGAGCAGCGAAAGGAUUUCUGGAUGGGGAGGGCUCAUAGAGAUGAUAUAGAGAGACAGAGGCACAGAGAGCAGGAGGGAGGAAGGCAAAGGAAGAAUACCAAGGACUGUCACCGCACCGCUUCGACACCCCCAGAGCUGCGUUUACAGUUCAGCUUCUAAUCCUACAGCUCGGCUCGCCCCCGUCUGUACAUAGGCGGCUGCUCUUCCUCCCCGGCGUUGGAUUUUGGGGAAUUCUGGUAAGCUGCUGGGGAUCUGUGAUACCUUAUCACAAAGAUCCGUCUUAGCCGACGCCUCAAGUUCAUCCAGUGUCUUCGAGCUUGCUUGGCCUACUGGUGGCAGUGGUUUCUUUCACUACUUCCCUGGCUGCCUCACUCUCUUUUCUUUGGCGUUCCUGGCUCUUCUGGCCUCCUCAUGAAGAUUGAAGCUAUACCUGGUGCCCCCCAGAAUGGGGAUAUGGAAUUUGUGCUAGCCACCGAGAAAGAGUUUGAAGAAGUUGUCUCAAUGUCCCAUGGGAUCUAUGGAGGACUGGAUUAUCUGCCAAGUCGAUACCACAGUUGGGUCAAUGAGAAAGACCGAAUGGUUGUGCUAGCCAAGAAGGAAGGAGAUGUUAUUGGCCUCCUUUCCAUGUUUGUGGUGGAUGGUGGACAGACAGCUCUACUUGAAGGACUGCGCGUGGCACCAUGGGAGCGAGGCAGAGGCGUUGCAGGGGUUCUUCAGAGGUUCUGCUGCCAGUUGGUGAAGCAUCGAUACCCAAGUGUCAAAGUCAUGAGACUGACACGGGACGACAAACUAACUCCAAAGGAGCUUAACAAGUACAGAGUCAUCGCUAAACAGGGCAUACUGCUUGUCCGUUUCAAUGCACCCGAGUUUUCCUCUCGUUUAUCUUCCAUACCAAUGCCCGCUGGGCCAUCUCGUCCAUCUCCACCUAUCCUCCUGACUCCUGAUGAGGUCCAUGAAGUUUUCCUGGAGCGCGGUGGCCUGCUGAAAGACCUGCUGCCCAACCAGACUGUCAUCCAGGACUGGCAACCAUUCCAGGCCCUACCUGGGAAUCAUGAUCUGCUACGCCGCAAGUCCCUUCGCUGGAUGAUGGAUGAUAGCAUUCGACCCCGUGUGGCUACUCUCUGCACCGCACCAUUCCCUGUCCCAGCAGGGCCGCUCUGCUUCUACCUCAACAUUGAUGUCUUUGGUUCUGGUUUGCGAGGGGCACAAGAGCAAUUGAUAUCUCACCUAACUGCUCAUGUCCCCCUGCUGCCAGGAGAUGUAAAAUGCCAGCUUUUCUUGCCCCCAAGUAUGUGGAGGCCCAUGGCUGAUUUUUGUUCCUCUGUGCUGGGUUUCCAGCUGGAAAAAGGUUACACAGAGCAAUAUCUUCUAGAGGCAGAUAUAUAAAGGGGCUUAGAGGCCUCCAAAAAUCCCCUCCCCCCCUUUAUUUUGAAAUGAGGGCGGGAGAAAAACCCAAUCCACAUUAUAAUAACAGCCACUCCCUACAGCUGAACCCACCCAUCAGAUGUACAUUGCACCUAGCUCCUUUCUCGCUCACUACAAAUAUACGUUUUGCCCACGUACAUGAAAACUAAAUCCUAUAUCUUCUAUAUUUUACUCAACACCCUAAGUAUAAGGAGUCGUAGGAUCAUAGGAUGCUGAAUAUCAUUACAUAGUGUCGUAACUGGCUCCUCAUGGGUGAGGCUUCAUAAGCAGGUGGGUGUGGCUAAAUGUUGAUUGGAGCUUGGGCCGUUUGCUCCUAGUGUAUUGUAAAUGAUAUAUAAUAUGGAAAGAGACCUUUCCUUUUCGUACUGUUCUGCUAACCUUGCACUAUACGUCUGAGUGUACGUGUUUGUAUAUAUAUAUUUAUUGAUAUAUAUAUACACAAUAUAUAUUUAUACGAGGGGCUAGGGGGGAGUGUAAGGUAUAAUAAGGGGGAGGCUUAGGGAUUUUAUACUCUGCACUGAGAUUUCUGAGUGUGUGUGAUAAAAUAUUUCUAUAUUUAUUGCACUUUUUUCAGAGGGAGGGUCAGGCUGCUGCCAGGCAUUGUGUAUAUAUACAUACACAUACACAGUUUAUAUAGUGUAACUGUAGCUGUUUGGAUAUGAUAUUUAUCUGUAGAAGAGAGAGAUACGUAGACUUAUGCAAUAAUUUGCACUGCACAUUCUGAUGUUAAAGUGGACCUGAUAUCUUUACAUAGCUGUUAGCGGCCAUUUUGUGGACCAAAAUGGCUCCCUAUAUAUAUAUAUAUAUAUAUAUAUAUAUAUUAGCACAGGCGAUAACAGAUAACAUUUUAACAAUCCUGCUGACUGGUCUGAGCAUUGUGGGUGUGUAUUAACCCCUUUAUGGGAGUCAAUCUUGGCAGGUGUAUAUUAUAUUAAUAGAUAGUAUUAGUAUAAUAUAUAUAUAUUUAGAGAUUUUAUGGUGAAUUCACAUGCAGUGGCCUCAUAUGGCAUUCUGUAGACUCUAAAUCAGUGGUCCGCAACCCAGUCCUCAAGGAUCGCCAGGUUUUUAUUAGUUACUCCAAUGAAACAGAACAGGGAGCUCUUCUCUAAAUAAUACCAGCACAUAACACCCAUUGACCAUCAUCACUAUAGGUUAGGACAACACUUUUUGGCUUGAGGGUCCACCGAAGAUCCGGGACUGUUGGUGGGCCUUGAGGACUGGGUUGGGGAACUCUCCUCUAUGAUAAUACCAGCCUUGUACCACGGAAACAGCAUAUAAUAUCCUUUGACUGUCAUCACUAUAGGUUAGGCCCAUGUUUGAGGGGGGUCCCCUGAAGAUCCCUGACUGUUGGUGGGCCUUGAGGACUGGGUUGAGGAUCUCUCCUCUAAAUGAUAAUUCCAGCCUUGUUCCAUGGGAACAGCACAUAAUACCCAUCGACUGUCAUCACUAUAGGUUGAGACCACACUUGAGGGUCCCCUUAAGAUCCCUGAUUGUUGGUGGGCCUUGAGGACUGAGUUGAGGAACUCUCCUCUAAAUGAUAAUUCCAGCCUUGUUCCAUGGGAACAGCACAUAAUACCCAUCGACUGUCAUCACUAUAGGUUGAGACCACACUUGAGGGUCCCCUUAAGAUCCCUGAUUGUUGGUGGGCCUUGAAGACUGGGUUGAGGAACUCUCUUCUAAAUGAUAAUACCAGCUUAGUACCAUGGGAACAGCACAUAAUACCUAAUAACCCUUAUCACUAUAGGUGAGGACCACACUUUUCGGUUUGAGGGUCCACCAAAGAUCCUGGACUGUUGGUGGGCCUUGAGGACUGGGUUGGGGAAUUCCACUCUAAAAUGAUAAUACCAGCCUUGUACCAUGGGAACAGCAUAUAAUACCCAUUCACCCUCAUCACUAUAGGUUAGGACCACACUUGCGGGUCCCCUGAAGAUCAAUUGAUCAUGAGAAGUUGCCUUCAUGGGACCAGAAUCAGCUAAUAUUUCCUAAGUGCUUGUCUGCUGCAGGGAAAGCUAAGCAUUGUAUGUCACCCACUUAAGCCAAUGGGUGCCCAUUGAUUUUAGUAGAUAGUAGGGAGAGGAAGAGGUUUGCUAGAUAUGUGCCCCUCCCCCUCCUCUCUGAGAAGGGGACCAUUGUUUGCUGUGUAAACAAGCCAACCUUAGCAUCAAUGUGAAUAUUCCCUGGCAGCUACUUAUGGUUACCACUAGAUGUCGCUACAGUGCAACCCACACUGUAGGAAUCACUGGUGUCCUUUCUUCCCCCAAACAUGAUGUAGUACAUUGGUAGUAUGUUCCCUUCUUCUCUGCUGCAGCUACCCAUGCGUUACGCAUUACGAAACUUGAUGUAUGCUUGAAUAUUGUGUUGCUUUGUACAAUAAUAAUAUGGAUUUACUUGACAUGCUACUAAUAUUUGCUAUGAAUCCUAAUGCAGCUAUUGCUCUCCGUCAUGUCCCAUUUUUUUUGUUACGUAAAAGAGCCGGGCUGCUGUGUCUUCCAGUCUUCCAACAGGAUGGAAAGACCACCGUUAGCAGGACAAUACCCCUUCCAUUAACCCCUACCCGAAUGGUUCCAGUUUUGUCUCAAACCUAGCCAGUGCAUAGCCUCAUAGGCCCGCCCAUUUCCUCCUCAUGCACCCACCCAUUUAUUCAUCUCAUUUGCAUAGUGUGGCCUCAGACUAAGCAAGCCCAUGGGCCGGCGGUGAGGUUGAUGUUGGACCUGCUGUCCAUACAAUACUCACCCCCUUAAAAAUAAGGGUGUAGUCAUAAAAUAAAAUGCAAUUAAACUAAAUAUAAAACAAAAAAUUUAUUGAAUAAAUUCAAAUUUAAAUGGAAUAAAUAAAAAUAAAUAAAAAAUUUAAUAGAAUUCACUUUUUUUUUUUUAGAAGUUCCUAAUACUAUGUAAACAUAGCCCCAUUGGGGAUUUCCACCAAAGAAUUUCUAUAGGCAUAGAUGGGUUUAAAUAUUUUUUUAAACUCAAGGGGAACUCCGCCUUUAAUUAAAAUAACAUGGUAUUCCAUGUACUCAUUACAUGUACUUAGUUUAUAUGAUUAUUAUUUUUUUUAAAGUAUCUAUUUUAAUUUGAGUAGAUACGACCCCACUGUAGAUCAGUGUUUUCCAAACAGCCUGCCCCCAGCUGUUGGGAAACUACAACUCCCACCAUGCCUUUCCAGGCAUGCUGGGAGUUGUAGUUUCACAACAGCUAAAUACUCCCUGGUUGGGAAACACUGCUAUAGGGAUUAAUGAUAUUUACUUGGAGAAAGUGAACACAAAAAAAUGGCGUAGUCGGCAGGAUUCAAAUCUGCACGGGGAGACCCCAUUAGAUUGCUAGUCCAUAGCCUAAAGCACUCGGCCACGACUACAAAGCAAAAACUGAUCCGAUAUGUAAAGGGUUGUCAUGGCCCCGCCCCUAAAAAGUCAGUCAAUAGCAAUGUAAUGCUGUCACAUUAUAUUAUGAGGCUUAAAAUCACUAUAAUUUCUCUUUAAACAGCUCGUCUACUCAGGACAAUUCUUUUAUUGUGUCUCAUAGGGGCGAGUUGACCUAAAAGAGUAGGGACAAUUAAUUGGGACCCCUUUAGUUGCGAAAGGGGGGCGCUGUUGCAUUGGUGCCUAUGGUGAUACGAUUGAAAUGAUGAAGUGGUGAAACUUGGUACUGCAAGUCAUUAAAAACACUGAAACGUAAGUUGCAAUAACUUUCGAAAGCUGUAUCAAAUAGAAAUAGCCGGGGUAUCACUUUUAUCAGAGAGGUCAUUAUAACAUAUAUAACAGGAGGAGGCCACUUUUUAUUAGGGCGCAAAAAAUCAUCUAUAUACUAACCCUCGGUUUUAUAUUAUGCAGCUAGGAAACAGUGUGUGGUCAUGUCUCUUCCAUUCGGCACAAAAUGUGAUAUUAUACAUGUAAUCGGCAAAGUGUCUAUACAUCCGCACCCCCCAUGUCUGUAUACUGCUGUAAUAUCUUAUCCCUUGUUCUGCAGUGAUGUGACCACCGAAUCCCAGCUUCGUAUAAUAACUAAAUAUGUCCAUCUCCUGUGUAUGCACUUAAUGAACCACAUAAACAGCUUCCUGCAAAACC